UGGGGCUUCGAUACGAGUCCUCGGCCUUCAGCUCGUCCCCCGGAGGCUGCUGGUGGCCGCGGGCAAGGGCGAUGCCUGGCCAGGCCUGCCCUCUUCCCCAGAUCCCCAAGCUGGGGCGGAGUCACUCUCCAGAUCUUCCCCGCACACCUGGAAUCCGAGCGCCUGCCUGGACAGCUCAGGCCCCAAGCAGCCCGGGCCAGGGUUGGCUGUUGCCGGGCGGGAGAGGCUGAUUCCUCCACACCAGGGAGGGGUUGACUUUCCGCAGACAGCCCGGAGAUAACCACCUCGGCGGCGUCUCAGGCAGCCAAGUCCUGAGCACUGACUGCUCACCUACCUUGGGACUUUAGUCUUUAAGCCCCAGGCCUGUGGAAAUCCAAUCAAGCCAUACACGAGUGAAGCGUGCUUGGCCGUUUUGUGCAAAGGACGCAAUAGCCUCACCAACUAAAGCUUCCAUUUGUUGCAAUUGGGCAUCCACCCAUCCCUGCCAAGUCUUGCGAGAGGAUUGAACUCCAGGAGGCUUUCUGCCAGGCCCUCAGGUUGUACUUUCAUGCUCCACAGCCACCAUCACCCAGCACAUGCAAGUGGGUUUCAAGCAAUCCAAAACAUCAACAGCUUCUGGGUGAUUCCGAGGAUUAAAGAGUCUGCAGGUUGCUAUGUUAAUGCUGCUUGCCUUUGGAGUAUUGCUUCAUGAAGUCCCACUGAGUGGCCAAGAUGAGGCUCAUUCUGAGGCUGACAGUGUGCCAGGCGAAGCCCUGUAUGACUACUCCAGCCUCCGCCUCCCAGAGAGGCACAUUCCCUUCUUCUUGCACAAUAACAGGCAUAUUGCCUCUGUCUGCAAGGAGGAUUCCCAUUGUCCAUAUAAGAAACAUCUAGAAAAUCUAAACUACUGCUGGGGCUAUGAGAAAUCCUGCAAACCAGAGUUUCGAUUUGGCUACCCUGUUUGCAGCUAUGUCGACGUGGGAUGGACAGACACUCUGGAGUCAGCUGCGGACAUGUUCUGGAAGCAAGCUGACUUUGGAUAUGCCCGAGAGCGGCUGGAGGAGACUCGCACACUCUGCCAGCCAGAGAGAACAAGCGACUCAAGUCUGGUUUGUUCCCGGUACCUUCAGUAUUGCAGAGCUACUGGUCUGUACCUGGACUUAAGAAACGUCAAGAGGAGCCCUGACAGAUUCAAGGAAGAUUUUCUUCAGGGUGGUGAAGUUGGAGGACACUGUAAACUGGACAGUCAAGCACUGAUGUCUGAAGGUCAGCGCAAAAGCCCUCUGCAGUCUUGGUUUGCUGAACUACAAGGCUACACUCAACUCAAUUUCAGACCUAUAGAAGAUGCUAAAUGUGACCUCAUUGUUGAAAAACCAACUUAUUUCAUGAAAUUAGAUGCAGGUGUUAACAUGUACCACCACUUCUGUGAUUUUCUCAACCUCUACAUCACCCAGCACGUGAACAAUUCUUUCAGUACAGACGUGUACAUCGUGAUGUGGGACACCAGCUCUUAUGGAUAUGGUGACCUGUUCUCCGACACCUGGAAAGCAUUUACUGAUUAUGACGUCAUACAUUUGAAAACCUACGAUUUCAAAAAGGUGUGCUUUAAAGAAGCUGUGUUUUCAUUGCUGCCCCGCAUGCGGUACGGGCUGUUCUAUAACACUCCACUGAUCUCUGGCUGUCAGAAUACCGGGUUAUUCAGGGCCUUCUCCCAGCAUGUGCUGCAUAGGCUAAACAUCACUCAGGAGGGACCCAAGGAUGGGAAAGUUCGAGUUACCAUUCUUGCACGAAGUACAGAAUACCGGAAAAUACUGAACCAAAAUGAGCUGGUAAAUGCACUGAAAACAGUAUCCACAUUUGAAGUCCGGAUUGUUGAUUACAAGUACAGAGAACUCGGGUUUUUGGAUCAGCUGAGGAUCACACACAACACGGACAUAUUUAUUGGCAUGCAUGGAGCUGGCCUUACCCAUUUACUUUUCCUUCCAGACUGGGCUGCUGUAUUCGAGCUGUACAACUGUGAAGAUGAGCGCUGUUACUUAGACCUGGCCAGGCUCAGAGGUGUCCACUACAUCACCUGGCGGAAGCCCAACAAAGUGUUUCCUCAAGAUAAGGGGCACCAUCCGACGCUGGGAGAACACCCAAAGUUUACCAAUUACUCUUUUGAUGUAGAAGAAUUCAUGUACCUUGUCCUUCAGGCUUCAGAGCACGUACUGCAACAUCCACAGUGGCCAUUUAAGAAGAAACAUGAUGAACUGUAGAAUGUUGACUUUGUUUACAAGAAGAGAGUGUUUAAACACUCUCACAUCCAGACUCCCAAUCAGAGGAGCAGAACAACCUGUCAUAGCCUACUGUAAGAUGAAACAUGACUUUUGACUUUUGAAUAUAGCUCAGGCUGGCCUUGAACUAACAACCCUCUGAACCUCCUGAGUGCUGGGAUUACAGGUGUGUGCCACCAUGCCUGUUUACAAAAUUGCCUUUUCUAUAUGGAAACAUGCUUUCAGGAUAUUUUGUCUUCAAGUCUUCCAUGUGUUUGUUGUGUCAUUGCUAUUUGCCAAUAGCAAUUGUAAUUUGCACUGAAAAAAGUUACUUUUAUAGUUCAUAGUUGGGCAGGUGCCCAUUGGUAUAGCAGAGCUUUCCUACUGGGAAACCAAAGUUGUCAACUUAAGCAGCUUUAGAAUCUGUGUGUUUGUUAACUAUAAUGUGAUUGUAAUUCCAGAAUGUUCCACCUUGCUGUUUAUAUACUUGGGUGAAUUCAAAACUGGUUUUAUAUUUGCCAUUGUCUGUUCAUAAUUAUGGUUGUAGGGCCUGGAGACAUGGCUUAGUUUAGAAUGCUGGCCUUGCAUGUAAAGGGCCCUGGGUUCAAUCCCUACCAACACACAUGCUCACACACAUGCACACCCACACACCAUUGUAAGUCAGUGAUUCUCAGGACUAAACUAUAGGACUGAGCUAUAGACCAGUAUUUAGUCGGCUCCAGGUUAUGUGCAUCAAGAACCCGAAUCAAUCAUGCCAUUGUAUUCAUUUGUGUUCAUAUAGCUCAUUUCCAUACUGUUCUCCCCAAUGUAAUGGCAGUGUUGAUAAUGAGAACCCAUCGGAACAUUCUGCCGUACCAUCUCUGCAGACUCAUCAGCCGUGAGAACAUCCAUGUUGACUUGACAUGAAGUUUUCCUUUCCAGCAGGCAAGCAUUUGUAAGCACACACAGCUAUGUGCAUCUACCUCUGGCAGGGUGAAAGUAACCCUAAUAUUUGUAAAAACUGCAAACUGGCCACAUGAAGAGACUCUUUCCCUAUUAAAAAAGAAAGGCCAUUAAAAAACAGUAGAGCUGUGAAUUACCCAAUCAAAACAAAAGCCCUACGGAAGUGGCACUGAUUAAUCGGGCUGUCUGAACAGCGGGCUUGUCCUUGAACAGCUUCGCGCCUCACUGUUGACGAGCAUCCAGAAACCAUGGGUUUGUUCCACUGUACAGCGUGACACUUGCAUCUUAUUAACAUUUGAGUCAGCUAUCACAGAUGCUACUUUUCGUUUUUACAGUGGACAAAACAAAUUGCAGCCCAAGGAUUUUACUUUUAAAUUCUGGAGAAGUGACCCACCUCCCACCCCCAAAACAAAAUAUUGGUAGCUGUGUCUCCUCAGAAUUUUGCUGCCUUUUGCUUUCAGGGCUUGGUAACUGAGUUGUAGUCUUUAUUUAUUAAAAUAUCAUUAAAGAAAAAAGUGACCGGCUGUAGGCAAGACCGCUGCUUGGGUUUUAAGAUGGUUUGGAAAGAACUGUAACUUUGAGAACUGUUAAAUGACAGGGUUGCUGCUGUUCUUUGUGCGUAGUACUCUGUGAGCAGUAGGAGUGGGGGGUGUUGCACAGCAAAGGGACUGGAGGGAGCUUGUUGCCUGAGUCAUCAAGGCCCCUGGGAAGCCAUUUGAAUUUUCAUCCUGAUACCUCAUUUCCAGCAGCACUGGGACCUGUGAUUCCACAGACUACUGGGGACUUCAGGACUGAGAGCAAUUUAUAGUAAACUAUAUUUGAAGAUUUUGCAUUUAGACAGAAUAUACUUUAUAUAAAUAAGGAAGUCAUUUAAACUUUUAAUUAUGGAACUAACUUGUAUCAACUUUUUUUGUGGGAGCAGAAGAUCUUCAAAUUGUUGAAAAAUUGUAAAUGUAGACACGGCUCUUUAUUAAGUUUGUAAGGAGAUGCAUGGCUUUGGAAUAAAGCUUUCUAUAUUUCAUUUAAAUAUC